AUGCCUCCGCCACACUCUCGAACAUCGAAGAAAAAGCCGUCGAACUUCUCGACUCAACUCAAGUUACUCUUCAAACAACUUUUUCAUCUAUCCUUUUACAAAGAUAUUUUAAUCAAUCCGACCAAAUCCAUUUAUGUCAUGUCUACUCUAUUUCUUCUGGAAAUUUUCCUCAAUAUAUUCAUUAUUAACAAAAUCAACUACACAGAAAUCGAUUGGAUAGCGUAUAUGCAGGAAGUAGAAGGUGUUGUCAAUGGCACUUAUGAUUAUUACAAACUCAAAGGCGAUACCGGUCCCCUCGUUUACCCAGCAGGCUUUGUUUAUGUCUAUUUAAUCUUUUAUUAUAUAACAAACUUCGGUCAAAAUAUCCGGCUUGCUCAAUAUGUAUUUGCUGGUCUUUAUUUGAUGAUGAUUUCAGCUGUUUUUUAUAUUUACAACAGAAAUGCAAAGAUUCCACCGUAUGCGUAUAUCUUCAUGUGUUUAUUAGCAUACCGUAUUCAUUCAAUUUUUGUCCUUCGACUCUUUAAUGAUCCGAUCGCGAUGACCUUUUUAUAUAUUUCAAUUGUUUUACUUCUCCGACGUCAAUGGACUUUAGGCUGUAUUCUCUAUAGUGUGGCAGUGUCGAUUAAAAUGAAUAUUCUAUUGAUGGCGCCGGCAUUAUUCAUUAUUCUAUUACUUUCAAUUGGAUUUCGUGCAACAGUCAAGAAUAUUCUCUAUUGUGCUUUGUUGCAGUUUGCCUUUGCUCUGCCAUUUCUCUUAUCAAAUCCAACUGCUUAUCUGAUGCGUUCAUUCGAUCUUGGCCGUCAGUUCUUCUACAUAUGGACAGUGAAUUGGCGUUUGAUUCCCGAACAUAUCUUUCUUAAUCGGUAUUUUCAUCUCAGUUUAUUGGCGUUUCACAUAUUAAUCUUAUUAUACGUUUGUCGUUAUCAAUGGUUAAAAAGCAUCAAAACGUUUAAUGAUUUAUUAAAUUAUCAUAAAAAUUACUAUCUAUCGGACGAUGCAAUUAUCACACUGAUGUUCUACGCCAAUUUCAUAGGUAUUUGUUUUUGUCGUUCGUUACACUAUCAAUUUUAUGUCUGGUAUUAUCAUAUGCUUUAUCAUUUACUCUGGAGCACAAACUCGAAGGCAAUGUUUAAUCUUUUAAUCGUUGGUUUGAUUGAAUUCUCUUGGAACACGUAUCCAUCAACAGUGAUGAGUAGCUUGAUUCUACAUGUUUGUCAUGGAUAUAUCUUGUUCAAAUUACUAACAUCGUUAACUAUGGAACCGAAUGCAAAGAAAAUAGAUAAAAAAGUGAAAUAA